UCCGAUACUUUCCUCGUCUUCAUCGAAGAGGGCGAAAAGUGCUGUAUCAGAGAGGGCAGCGCCGAGGAUGACAAAAUGUAUACCAUUGACGUUCAGUUUGACAGCCCCAUCUUAUGCGCGGCCGUGUUGGAGAAAAAGCACGUUCUCUUGGGUUCCGCGGACUGCUAUCUUUACGCAUUUGACUCGGAACAGAAGUAGAUCCUAG